AAACCUCCGACGGCGACGGUGAAAGCAGCUCCCUUUCCCGCAGUCUCUCUCUUCCCACCCUCGACCUCCGACCUCUCUUGCGCCCCCCAGUCAUGGAGAGGAACUAAAUGGACCACUUAAUUCUUUCUCCUCAAACGGAAGUGUCACCAUCCAAUAACAAUUGUGUCUCAUGCAGAAGUUUAGAGGCAGACCUUCAGUUCUGUUGUGUUACAGUGUGUCACACUAAAAUUUAUCAAAGCCGACAAAUUAAGGUUUAAGCUUUUGCUGUGAAAGAGGCAGUAAAACUGCAUCAAUCUGUAAGCAUUCUGCAGCUCAUCCCGAUUGCUUUUACUUAACUCAAUGAUUUUUCACAGUGGUAGACGUCAAUUCAAUCCUAGAAUUCUAUAUUUCAGGCUCACCCAAAACCCUAGCUCUAGGUCUCCUUUUCACACAUUUAGCUCACAAAAUCCCAUUUCUUUCACAAAUGCAGCCAAUUGGUGCAAUAAAUUUGGUUGCUUUAGCUCUAUAAUAGGUGUCAAUUCUUUUUCUCCAAUUUUUUUCAUGUCCAAAAACCCCAGUUACGAAAGAAACAUUAGCUUAUUCAGAAGCUACUGCUCAGGGGAGAAGAGUGAUGAUGGGUCUGGUGAGUGGACUGAUGAGAUUGAGUAUUUGGAUGAAUCAGGGAGUAUUAUAUACUCUGGUAAAGGUUUAAGGUCGGUGGAGCCAGGGGUUGAUGACCAUGUAAUGGUGGGUGAGCUAAAGAAGCCAUUCUUGAAUGCUUCAGCUGUCGCAAAGAUUGUUGAAGUUGUGAAGAGGUGGAAAUGGGGCCCAGAAUUGGAGACACAAUUGGACAAGCUACAAUUCCUGCCAAACAUGACUCAUAUAACUCAAGCCCUGAAGGUUAUUAAUGAGAGUGAUGCAUCAUUGAGUUUGCUUAGGUGGGCUAAGAGACAAUCUUGGUAUUCACCAAGUGAUGAGUGUUAUAUUAUGUUGUUUGAUCGGUUAAAUAGAGAUAGAGAUUUCAAUGGGAUUCAAUCACUAUUUGAUGAGAUGAUUCAAGAUUCGAGCAAUAACGGGGUUUCCUCAUUCAGUGCAUAUAAUCGGGUCAUUCAGUAUCUGGCUAAAGCUGAGAAAUUGGAGGUGUCAUUUUGUUGUUUUAAGAAGGCUCAGGAAUCUGGUUACAAAGUUGAUACUCAAACAUACAAUGCUCUUAUGACCCUGUUUUUGCAUAAAGGGUUGCCUUUUAAGGCGUUUGAGAUAUAUGGGAGCAUGGAGGUGGCAGGAUGUUUGCUGGAUGAAUCCACAUAUGAGUUGAUGAUACCAAGCUUGGCAAAAUCUGGUCGUCUUGAUGCUGCAUCUAAGCUUUUUCAAGAGAUGAAAGAAAGGAAAUUGCGGCCAAGCCUGAGUGUCUUUGCAUCACUUGUUGAUUCAAUGGGGAAAGCUGGGAGGCUUGAUGCAUCUAUUAAGAUUUACAUGGAGGCACAGGGUUGCGGCCUUAGGCCAUCUGCCACUAUGUAUGUUUCUUUGAUUGAGUCCUUUGCUAAAGCUGGGAAGCUAGACUCUGCACUUAGGCUUUGGGAUGACAUGAAAAAGGCAGGUUAUAGACCAAACUUUGGCUUAUAUACACUGAUUAUCGAGUCCCAUGCAAAAUCAGGGAAGCUUGAAAUUGCAAUGUCUACUUUUAAAGAUAUGGAGAAGGCUGGGUUUCUACCUACUCCAUCUACCUACUCAUCUCUCUUGGAAAUGCAUGCUGCUUCUGGACAAGUAGAUUCUGCCAUGAGACUGUAUAACUCAAUGACCAAUGCAGGCCUGAGGCCUGGGUUGAGCACUUAUACUGCCCUUCUAACGCUCUUGGCUAAUAAGAAGCUUGUGGAUGUGGCUGCAAAAGUACUACUUGAAAUGAAGUCCAUGGGAUUUUCGAUUGAUGUGAGUGCUAGUGAUGUUCUGAUGGUUUAUAUCAAAGAUGGUUCUGUUGAUCUUGCCCUUAAAUGGUUACGGUUUAUGGGUUCAUCAGGAAUUAGAACAAAUAAUUUUAUCAUCAGACAGUUGUUUGAGUCCUGUAUGAAGAAUGGUCUAUUUGAGUCAGCAAAGCCUCUCCUGGAGACCUAUGUGAACUCUGCUGCCAAAGUGGAUCUCAUUCUUUACACAUCGAUUCUUGCUCACUUGGUACGAUGCCAGGACGAGCAAAAUGAGAGGCAUUUGAUGUCAAUUCUUAGUGCUACAAAGCACAAAGCUCAUGGGUUUAUGUGUGGACUCUUCACUGGUCCAGAACAGAGAAAACAGCCAGUCUUAUCUUUUGUGAGAGAAUUUUUUCAAGGUAUCGAUUAUGAGUUGGAAGAAGGUGCUGCAAGGUACUUUGUCAAUGUUCUCCUCAACUACCUUGUCCUUAUGGGGCAGAUAAACAGAGCUCGCUGUGUUUGGAAAGUUGCCUACGAGAACAAGCUUUUCCCGAAGGCAAUAGUUUUCGAUCAGCAGAUUGCCUGGUCCCUUGACGUUAGAAACUUAUCAGUGGGAGCUGCUCUUGUAGCUGUUGUGCACACCCUCCAUAGGUUCAGAAAGCGUAUGCUGUAUUAUGGUGUUGUCCCUAGGCGGAUCAAAUUGGUUACAGGACCGACACUGAAGAUUGUGGUUGCCCAGAUGUUGAGCUCAGUCGAAUCCCCAUUUGAAGUUAGCAAGGUCGUUUUGAGGGCUCCUGGAGAUUCUGUUAUGGAGUGGUUUAAGAAACCAAUUGUUCAGCAGUUUCUUUUAAACGAGAUGCCGUCAAGGGCCGACAUCCUCAUGCACAAAUUGAACAUUCUUUUUCCUAGUUCUGCGCCUGAAGUUAGAUCAUUGUCCCCUCCUAAACCACUUAUGUCCGGAAAGGGCUUGUAAUCAGUAUUUGCUAUACUGUUAACAGAUUGGCUACAUCUUAAAUGAAACUUUAUUCUUGUUUAAAGCUGUGUUCUUUCAUCCUUGUUCUCUGAUUUAGUCUAUUUAAAGUUUGAUAAACAC